AACCACCGUCAUUUUAAUAGUCAGUGGUUGUACUGUAUCGGUGUAUGAAAUAGCCUUUUUUUGGCUACAGCCAUGGGUGCGUCUAAUCGCUUCCAUAAUUCCCGGGACACUUCCGGUGAUCCGGAUGAUAUCUACGGUACUUCGAGUGCUGAGGUUACUGAGGUCAUUGAUGAUGAUCUAGAUGUAGAUUCCGUAUCAACUGGUGCCUAUGGAAGCGGUCCGCACAUCCCUGGUCCUGAGGACUUUGUGGAGCCAUCGGAGGAUGAGGGUGAAGUUCUUUUGAAUAAGAAAUCGGUCCUUGCUCGUGAGGACUCCUAUAGGCGUCAGCGUUUUGAUAGAAAGCUAUCGCCUGAGCGUUACGAUCCUUUUGCUAAGGAGGCUGACCCUGAUGAGCGUACUUAUGCUGACAUUAUGAAGGAGACUGAGAUAAUGCGCACUCGCAAGGAGAUUGAGCAUUUUAUGGAGCGUGAGGGUAUGACAUUGGACGACGUGCGCAAAUUGGACAAAAAGCGUUCGCGCAGGUCUGGUUUUGAUGAUGAUUCUGAUAUACCUGCUACUCCUCAGUUUCCAGAUACACCUCAAUUUGCUGAGACUCCGGAUGCUCAGACAUUAUCUGAGCCUCGUAAGCGUGCUUCUAGGUGGGACAAGACUCCUCAGAUGGAGGCUCAAACUCCAUCUGCCACUCCUUUGGGAUUAGGGGAGUAUGGCAUGUCUACUCCCUUUACUCCUGCAGGUUUACAACCUGAGCAGUAUGCAUUUUCCACUGAUCGCAACCGUUAUUUGACUGACGAGGAGCUUGAUGAGAUGUUACCUUCUGAGGGUUACGAGAUUAUAGAGCCUCCUGAGGGUUAUGUUGCUAGCAAGCACAUUAGUUACCACAGUCACCGUGGUCCUGAGACUCCCAGUUUCGUUAUUAAAGACGAGAACUUACGCAAACCCUAUGAUAUCCCUGGCACUCCUUCUUUAUUAUUGGACGUUGAGGUGAAGGCUGAGGACCAGGGUUUUUUUGGUAAGUUGUUUGAUGACAAGACUGAGGAGGACUUGACUGCUGAUGAGAUUACUGAGCGUCGUAUAUUAGCUCUACUUCUAAAGAUUAAAAACGGCACACCGCCGUUACGUCGUCAAGCUUUGCGUCUUUUGACCCAGAAGGCCCGUGAAUUCGGUCCUGGUCCUUUAUUUAACCAGAUAUUACCCUUGAUGAUGCAGACUACUUUAGAGGACCAGGAGCGUCAUUUGAUGGUUAAGGUCAUUGAUCGUAUUUUAUUUAAGUUAGAAGACCAGGUACGUCCUUAUGUCCACAAGAUACUAGUUGUCAUUGAGCCACUACUCAUUGACGAGGACUACUACGCGCGUGUUGAAGGUCGUGAGAUUAUUAGUAACCUCAGUAAGGCUGCGGGUCUGGCUACUAUGAUCGGUACCAUGAGGCCGGACAUUGAUCACCCUGAUGAGUAUGUCCGUAACACUACUGCUCGUGCUUUUGCUGUUGUAGCUCACGCCACUGGUAUACAGUCAUUGAUUCUAUUCCUUAAAGCGGUGUGCCAAUCAAAAAAGAGCUGGCAAGCACGGCACACUGGGAUAAAGAUAGUCCAACAAAUUGCUAUUUUAGUGGGUUGCGGCGUUUUGCCGCAUCUCAAGCAGUUGGUUUCCAUCAUUGCCUCUGGUCUUGAGGACGAGGUACUUAAGGUUCGUACUAUGACAGCUUUAGCCUUGGCUUCUUUGGCUGAGGCCAGUGCUCCUUUUGGCAUUGAGGCUUUUGAUAUAGUCCUGAGACCGCUUUGGAAGGGUAUCACUGAACACCGCGGCAAGGGCCUUGCUGCAUUUUUGAAGGCCAUCGGUAUGAUAGUUCCGUUGAUGGACCCUUAUUACGCUUCUUAUUACACCAAGGAGGUGAUGAACAUUUUAGUUAAAGAGUUUGCUACUCCUGACGAGGAGAUGAAGCACAUUGUGCUUAAGGUUGUACGUCAGUGUAUUUCCACUGAGGGUAUCCAGGCAGACUACAUUCGUCAUGAAUUACUCGAUCCUUUUUUCAAAUCAUUUUGGAUAGUGCGCAACAGCAUGGACAAGAAGAAUUUGGAUCUUAUUAUAGAGACUACUGUGGAGAUCAGCAACAAGGUUGGUCUUGAGGUGAUCAACCGCUUGGUCGAUGACUUGAAGGACCCUUCUGAGAGUUUUCGUGUUAUGGUUGCGCAGUGCAUAGAGGCUGUGUUGAUUAGUUCCCUGGGUCACGACAGUGACCAGAAGGUUGAGCUGGACCAGCGUAUGGAGGAGCUUUUGAUAGAUGGUAUGAUUUAUGCAUUUCAGCAGCAGGCAUCUGAUGAUUGCACUGUGUUACUAGAUGCUUUCGGUACGUUAUUGCACUACUUGGGUGACCGUAGUUUACCCUAUCUCACCCAGAUAGUUGGUGUAAUUCGUUGGCGUCUUGGUACCCAAAGCCCGCGUACUCGUCAGCAGGCUGCUGACAUGAUAGCCAAGAUAGCGCCUAUAAUGCGUUUAUGUGGUCGUCAGGACAUGCUUGCUAGUUUGGGUCAGCAUCUUUAUGAAUACCUCGGUGAGGAGUACCCCGAGGUUUUGGGUAGCAUUCUCGGUGCUCUGAAGGCCAUCGUUUCUGCCAUCGGUCCUGCUGCUAUGUCUCCGCCUAUUAAAGACCUUCUUCCACGACUUACCCCGAUACUAAAAAACCGCCAUGAGAAGGUCCAGGAGAACGUGAUAGAGCUUGUUGGACGCAUUGCUGACCGUGGUGGUGACUUGGUGUCACCCAAGGAGUGGGAUCGUAUCUGUUUCGAUCUGUUAGAGCUACUGAAGGCUAACAAGAAGGCUAUUCGUCGUGCCACUGUUAAUACAUUCGGUUACAUUGCUCGGACUAUAGGUCCCAAUGACGUUGUUGCUACUUUACUGAACCACCUCCGGGUCCAGGAGCGUCAACUUCGUUUGUGUACUACUAUCGCUAUCGCAAUUGUGGCUGAGACUUGUUUGCCCUAUUCAGUGCUCCCUGCUCUGAUGACUGAGUACAGAGUCCCGGAGAUCAAUGUCCAAACUGGUGUACUCAAAGCUUUAUGCUUCCUUUUUGAGUACAUUGGUGAGAUGGCUAAGGAUUACAUUUAUGCCAUCACACCACUUUUGGAAAACGCCUUGAUGGACCGUAACUUGGUUCAUAGGCAAACUGCUGCUUGGACUUGCAAGCACUUGGCUUUGGGUGUUGCCGGCCUCAAUUGUGAGGACGCCUUACUCCACCUUUUGAAUUACGUCUGGCCUAAUAUAUUCGAGACCAGUCCUCACUUGACUCAGAGUUGUUUUGAUGCCAUUGAUGGCUUCCGGGUUGCUUUGGGUCCCGGUGUUAUAUUCAACUAUAUUUUGCAGGGUUUAUUCCAUCCCGCUACUAAGGUUCGUGAGGUUUACUGGCGUCUGUAUAACAAUUUGUACGUGGGUAAUCAGGAUGCAUUAGUACCACUGUUUCCACUGGUACGUGAGGGUGUGGAAAACUGCCAUCAGGCUACUGAGCUACUCUACACAAUUUGAAUAUAUUAGCAUUAUACUAUGUACACUGAAGUUACCAGGAACGCCUG